AUCAUAAUGGGUGGGGGAGCGUCCAAAGUUCUGCCCGAAGAUACACAAAUUGUUGUAGUUGGUGGCGGCUUUGCUGGCAUCCGUGUUGCGCUGGACUUGCUUCAUACAGGAAAAGUGAAGCUGAUCGACCCCAAAGACAGUUUGUUUUAUAACCUUGGAGCACUGCGUUCUUGUGUCGAACCUAGUUUUGCGAAUUACAUAUAUAUACCAUACCAAGAAACAUUCGGAGAUGCCUUUUUACGAGGAAAGGUGGUUAAGAUCAAUAAGGAUGCAAAUACGGUCACCCUUGAUGACGGGCAAGAUAUUCCAUAUACACACCUGGUACUCGCAACUGGUGGCGGUGGCCCGUUUCCCGCCAAGAUGUCGAUAGAAUAUCCCAAAAUCUCAAAGGAAGAAGGAUUGCAGUUAUACAAAGAUAUUAACAAAGAAAUUCUCGAAUCCGACACUAUUGUUUGUGUUGGGGGUGGAGCAGUGGGCGUGGAACUUUCGGGAGAACUAAAAACCGACUUUCCGGAUAAGAGAAUAAUUCUUAUUCACUCAAACGAAGUGUUAUGUUCUAACAGACUGAAAGCAGGUACCCAGUCUAAACUACAAGCUCUCGUUAAAAGAAAGGGGAUAGAAUUGAUGCUGAAUGAAAGAGUGUCGAAUCUUAAUGAGUUACAAAUCAACAAGUGCACAAAAGAUCAAGUUUUGAAAACAGAAAGCGGCAAAGAAAUUAAGGUGGACUUGGUGUUCAGAUGCACGGGAGUUAAGCUCUUGACGGACGAUUUCAAGGACGCUCUCGGUGACGCCAUAAACGAUCGAGGGCAAGUGAAGGUUGAUCAAUUUCUAAAAGUAGAAGGCACAGACAACAUUUUUGCUCUAGGAGACAUCACAAAUGUAGACGAGGAAAAGAUGCUGGUGACUGCAUAUGCCCAGGGUGCUUCGUUGUCAAAUAAUCUAUUUGCUUGCGUUGACGGGCGGGCAAUGAAGCCAUACAAGUCGGGAAGCUUUGGAAUGGCCGUGCCUGUGGGCAGAGACGCUGGGGUAGCCGAACUGGGAGGUAUUGUCUUCGGCGACAUGGUAACCAGAAAUAUAAAAUCAGACAGACUGUUCAUCGAUAAAACUUGGCGUCAAAUGAAGCAGAAGCUUCCCAAAGUAUAAAUAGCAAGAACAAUUUUGUGGACUU